AAAAAAGCACGCAGAUUAGAUCUUUCCGUUGCAAGCUAUAUAGAAAAGGAUGCGACUGAUUGCAAUGGAGUUAAGGAACAAAAUGACGGCUUGGACGAAUCAUUUCAAAAAUGCUAUAACCAUAGGUGUAAUGACACGACACAUUUUCGGUGUGUGUAUGGAGGCUGCAUACCCAUGAAUCAAAUAUGUAAUGGAAACAAAGAUUGUUGGGACGGCAGUGACGAAAACGAACUACUAUGCUUAGAAGGCGAGGAUCUGGAACAAAAGUAUACGGAAAUCGCCGGAGAUUGCGAGGAUUUUGAGUGCCAAAAUGAGGGGGCUCGAGUCGGAAACAAGUGCCUUACCUGGGAUAGGGUCUGCGAUGGAAAAAGCGACUGCAAGGACAGUCUUGAUGAAAAUAUAGAUAUUUGUUCAUAUAUGGAAUGCCCGCCGCCGCACUUUAGAUGCAAAUAUGGUGCCUGCAUCUCUCAAAAUGCUCUGUGCAAUCAUAUCGCUGAUUGUUUGGACGGUUCUGAUGAGCUUGCCGAAAUUUGUGAUUUGUAUUUAAUUGACACGGAUUUAGAGGGAAUAAGACCCACACCCCAAGGUCUCUCAAAGUGGACUGUAAAUCAGUGCAACCUAAACGACUCGAGGUUGGUGGCAGAGGAUUUUGCUUUAGGAAUUACCUAUCGUGGAGCCGAUGGCAACGUUCCCGAAAAACGCCACGUCAUGCUGCGUUGUGCCGACGGUUACAGCCUGGACGGGGAGGAAAAUAACAUUUGCGACGGCGACAAAUGGCGAUAUGAAUUGGCCAAGUGCUUACCACAAUGCCAACACUUUGGUAGCAACGUCCUCUUCACACAGUGCUUCCGCAAUGAUAAUCUGGUGGACUGCGAACAGCCUUACCUUGUGAUGGGUACCGAAAUGAACGUUGCCUGCGCUCAAGGGUAUACUGGAGAUGAUUAUGGAACGCAGGUUUGUGGCAAUGGUGCUGAAUGGAAAGUGAUUAGGACUUUGCCCACGUGCAGGCCUAUGUGCGGCUUCAAGCAGCUUAAGGAUCAAGACCACCCGGACCCGUGGGAGAUGAGUGUGUUCCAGCGCGGCCACGAGCCGGUCUUCUACUAUGUCGGUAGGGCCAUUGUUUUGUCGCCGUUUAUCCUUCUGGCCCCUUACAGUAGUUUCCGGAAUACCACCAUUGGAAGCGUUAACCCCGAUGAGCCAUUGCUCUAUACGGUUGCCCAGGGUCCCAGGUAUAGUGACACCUUUAAGGCCCACGAAUUGCACCCUUAUAAGUUGCACAACGUCUCGGCGAUUUACAAUGUUACCGAAAAGUUUAAAAACGUAGAUUAUCCCCUGGUCUUGGUGCAGCUGAUCCAGCCCUUGGAGUUUGAUGUUCUUUUCAGUCCAUUGUGCCUCCCCGUCGCGGAAAAGUCAGGAAAUUGGAUAACUCAUGGUGACUUCAAAGAACAUCUUGGCGAGCCGAUAACCUCAAUGAAAUCAAAUGAACUCUACAUGCUGGAGGCCUUCAUCGGAAGCGAUUCGGAGAAAUAUCAAAUCAGCGCCUUCGUGGAGAAAAUCCAAAAUCAUAUACAACUUGCCCAGAAGGCGGGAAACAUUUAAUUCACUUUAUUACGGGAUGAGUUUUGUGGUUAAUCGAAAAUCAAUGUACAUCAACUGAGGAAUCACACAUCUACUAUUGACAAUUAUAUAAUUAUGUAUGCGUAUUCAGUUGGACGGGGUAUCCGCAACGUUACUGGAUCGCACGCCGUUCGGGAACUAUCUGCCAUUUGAAUAGUACUGUAAACUUUAAUCUGUUUUUUAAAACAAUAAUUAUUUAGCUCGAUUAUCAGAAUA